CCUUCAACUACCAUGGCCGUCCUUCUAGAUCUCCCGCUGCUGUUGCAAGAAUCUACUGCGUCCCCUGCUUCUCUUGGGAGAGGAUAGGAUGGCCUACGUCGUCAUAGGUCAGGUGCCUAAGCAAGGCUAUACCUACACCUUUGAACAGCAUUCCAGCAAGGUAUAAAUGUGAACUGGGGAAAAUGGCGACCUCACCCCUUCGUUCUUCCACCCUCACUUUGUACUCCUCGUCUCCCUACUCCUGACUCUACACCACUGGCUCGCUUCACUGCCCCCACCUUCUCCCGACCCUUCGGGGCAGCGGAGACAACAACGCAUCGUCCAAGCGACGAUGUUCAUCUCAACGGCCGGUCCGUUGACGAGCCAAGGGCUCCGCCCGCUGCUCGUGUGCGCCGGGGGAACUCGACUGUGUCGGUUCUGCCGCGUUACUGGGACGAUCGUCCGCCGCCUCGGUACGGCGCUCUAUUCCCGCGAGUUGGCGGUGCACGUCCAAACAUGGUCAUGGGGGCCUCAAGGAGGAAGCAGCAUCCGCCUGCGCUGAGUCGUCUGGCUGCUCGCGCUCAUGAGGCACCAGGGGAGGUGAAGGUGUUGGUGUUCGUGCUGGUCAUUUCGAUCGUCGUUGCCAUCACUGCUUUGUAUCUCAAGAAUUAAGCAGAGGCUUGAUUGCAUCGCGAGCACAUUCCUCCUUGAAUCCUUCGUCUUUCCUACACGUCGCCUACGUCUUUCACUUUGUCUGCACGGCACUAGUAUCUACGAUCAUCAAUGGCUUUCCAACGAAAUGAUUUUGAUAUACGCUCUUGUAUGCGAAUGCGAUUACCUGGCGCUGGGCGCCAUACCGAACUGUUUCUGACGACUCGAAUUCACGAAAUGUCACCUGACGGCUUUACUGCACUUACAUAUUCUGUACCAUGUACAUAUAUUGAAAUGCAGAGGAAUCUAACGGAGAUCUGAUACCGGU